AUGGAGAUUUGCUGGUCCAGACUUGCUGCCUUCUGGAUGAUUCAGCUAAAAAGCAAUCGAGAGGAGAGCAGUCCAGCAGCGUCUCAUGCUUCACUUCCUGCUCAUCCUCCUCCUUCCGCCAUGGGCACUCCUGCUCCGCCUCAGCAGCCCGGCUUGAUGGCCCAGAUGGCUACUACAGCAGCAGGGGUGGCUGUUGGCUCUGCCGUGGGCCACGUGGUCGGUGGCGCUCUCACAGGGGCAUUCAGUGGUGACAGCAGCUCCUCCCAGCCCGCGAAAGUGGCCAGCAGCCCUGUCCAGGAGUCCAGGCAGAUACCAACCCAUCAGCCAUCCCAGUAUGGACCUUGCCUGUAUGAGAUGAGGCAGUUCCUGGAUUGUGCUACUAACCAGAGUGACUUGACCUUGUGUGAGGGCUUCAACGAGGCCUUGAAGCAAUGCAAGGAAGCCAGUGGUGUGACUUCCCUCUUGUGAAGAAAUGAGAAAGGUCAACCCUAAGCCACAAAAGGACAAAGAGAAUUAGCAGAGAAUCUGACCAGCUCAACCUGGUUUACUCAGAUGUAGAUUUAUAAGCAAGGAAAGGUUUUAAAUGCAAGGAUAAAUUGAUUUUUGUACAGAGGAAAGUCAAAUAAAAGCAGAUGGUUUAUUUAAAGCUA